GGCGGGCUCGCGCUGCUGAGACAGGCAGAGCACUGAGGACCGGUGGCGCGCGCUCACAGACUCCCUCUCAGCCACACACACACACACACUCCCCAAACAAAGAGAAGCACGCGAGGCAGCACAGCAUCCCACCCUUUCAGCCGCGAGCUCACUACAGCAGAACCGCCCCCCCAUCCCUCUCAGACAGAACCGGUCCGGUCCGAGGCUCGAGCGCACAGAACCGACGAUGACAACCAACGGCGCGACUAACGGAACCAGCGACAUGCUGCAGAUCCAGUUCGGUCUCAUCAACUGCGGGAACAAAUACCUAACGGCAGAGACCUUCGGCUUCAAAAUCAACGCCUCCGCCUCGAGCAUGAAGAAGAAGCAGAUCUGGACCCUGGAGCAGAGCGGCGACGAGUCCAGCGGGAACGUGUUCCACCUCAAGUCACAUCUGGGCCGGUACAUCGCCGCCGAUAAAGACGGGAACGUCACCGGAGACAGCGAGACCCCGGGCCCGGAGUGCCGGUUCAUCAUCACCGCUCAUGAUGACGGUCGCUGGUCCCUGCAGUCCGAGCCGCAUGGCCGCUACCUGGGCGGCACCGAGGACCGGAUCAUCUGCUUCGCGCAGACCGCGUCCGUGGCGGAGAAAUGGAGCGUGCACAUCGCCAUGCACCCGCAGGUGAACAUCUUCAGCAUGACGCGCAAGCGGUACGCGCACCUGAGCGGCAAGGUGGACGAGAUCGCCAUCGACCGGGACGUCCCGUGGGGGGUGGACUCCAUGAUCACGCUGGUGUUCCGCGAGCAGCGCUACCACCUGCAGACCUCCGACAACCGGUUCCUGAGGAACGACGGCGCGCUGGUCGCCACCACGGACAAGAGCACGGGCUACACGCUGGAGUUCCGCUCCGGCAAGGUGGCGUUCAGGGACUGUAGCGGCAGGUACCUGGCGCCCUCCGGGCCCUCCGGUACCAUGAAGUCCGGUAAGAGCAUGCGCGUGGGCAAGGAUGAGCUGUUCGUGCUGGAGCAGAGCCACCCGCAGGUCGUGCUCACCGCUGCCAACGAGAGGAACGUCUCCACCCGGCAAGGUAUGGACCUGUCAGCCAAUCAGGAUGAGGAGGGCGACCAGGAAGUGUUCCAGGUGGAGAUUUGCCGUGAAAACAGGAAGUGCGCAUUCCGGACCGCUGCUGGGAAAUACUGGACCCUGACUGCCAAUGGUGGCCUGCAGUGCACUGCCUCCACCAAGUCAGCUAAUUGCUACUUUGACAUUGAGUGGCGUGGGAAGAGGCUGACUCUCCGGGCUGCCAAUGGGAAAUACGUCGCCGCCAAGAAAAACGGCCAGCUAGCAGCCACCAUCGACUCUGCCGGUGAGUCUGAGGAGUUUCUCAUGAAGCUGAUUAACCGCCCGAUCAUCGUGCUGCGAGGGGAGCACGGCUUCAUCGGCUGCAGGAAGGUGACAGGGACGCUUGACUCCAACCGCUCCUCCUAUGACUACUUCACCCUGGAGUUCAGAGAUGGAGCCUACAGCCUGCAAGACUCCACGGGUAAAUACUGGAUGGUGGGUAAUGAGCAGUCGGUGGUGAGCAGCAGCGACACACCCGUCGACUUCCUCUUUGAGUUUUGCGACUACAACAAGCUGGCUGUCCGCCACGCCGCUGACGGGAAGUACCUGCGUGGUGACCACGCUGGUGUCCUGAAGGCCAACGCUGAUGACCUGGAAACCGCCACACUCUGGGAGUACUGAGGGAAGCGGGGAUGCAGUCGCCCACUGCUGCAAUGCUGAUGAAUGAAGUGUGGCGACGCAGCACGACCCGUCCAUACAUCUACCUAUCCACACCCUCCACUUCCCCUCCUGUCCUGUUCCUCAUAUUAUAACCUGACUUUAUAUGUUGAUAAACUGCACAGAGAGAACGGGGAGGACAGAAGACGAAAGGAAGGAGACACUCCUUUCUCUCCUGCCUCCCUUUUCCUUCCCUUUAUCCUCCCUUUCCCAGCUCUGCUCUGCAGCGCCGACCUUUAUCUGUUGCCAUAGUUACCGUGGGGCUGUGCACUUUCUUCUGCUCCGAUCUGGUUCGCUGCUCGACCUGCCACACACUCCCUCCUCGCCUUACGAUUGGGCCGUCCCUCUCCCAGAGCAGAGCAGAGCCACGUUUAAAGAGCCCCCUCCUCUCUGAGUUCGACCCCCCUCGUCUUUCCACUUGUCUCUAUUGUCUGUGUGAGCAGCACAUGGUGGCAGUAUUUAUGGUAUCUGACCUGGUCUGCUGGAUCUGCUUCUACCUGAUCUAAUCUCCCAAAACAGAUCCACCACCACCGGAUAAAAUCUGCUUCCUGUUAGCUGGAUAUACAAGGCGGAGACGGUGGGUCUGUUUUUGUGCGGUUGCAUCCUGUAGAAAACAGAUUUACUGCUUCUGUCAGACCGGGCCGAGUAUGUUUGUUUUCAUGAGCAGGCGCCGUUGCCUCUGUGUGAUGACCAUGUGGUAUAACUGGAGUGGAUCUGAUGAUGAUGAAGAUAUCGAAGAUGAUGUAACUGACGGGUUUAUUAACCCCCCCACUCUUAUUCAUCUCAACUGUAAAAUAUUCAAAUGUAAACCAGUUUCCUGUGUUGUUCUCUAGCUGUGUUCUCAUUGGUUGCGGGGAAAUUUUUACCCGGACCAAAACAAGGAAACGAUAAACAAAGGAAAGGAUGUGAUGUCGGAGUUUGGUGCCACUUCUAUUGGAGUCAAAGUGGGCACGACAUACACUAUAACCAUCGUAUCUUUGGUGUUUCACCUUGGACUGAAAUCACCUGAUUACAUCACGUGAUGUCGACUGACGUUUUAUAUCGUAAUGUGUGCAUUUGUUUUCCUUGUAAUUGGUCUACAAACACAUCAUAGCUCAAGUCAAGCCCAUUUGCUCCAAAAUGGCUGCACCAUGAUGCACGAUCGAACGGGGCAGGUCGGACCUGUUAUCGCUGACCAGACUGCAAUUAUAGCCAGUUGACUAUCGGUAACUUGCAGGUCACUUAAGUGAUCAAGGUCCAGAUUUACAGAGGCGUAUACAACUUGCUGAUUAGUGCCACCUCCUAACAACAAUAGUAAACGUUAUCGAAAGAGCUAGCUAAUGUUAACCUUUGAGUAUUGCAAUUUUAUGGCUUACUAUCGCUACACGGUGUCCGUCUCUCAACUUCAGUGGGGAAAAUGGACUCAAAAUAUACAAGCUAUCUGAGGAAAUAUAUAUCAACCAGUAUAUCAAACGUUAGCUUAUUAAAGAGCGACAAAUUACAGAUGAUUCUGUUAAAAUGACAGGUCGUAAACGAGGAGAUGGCGAUCCCAGUCUGUUCCCUUAAAGACGGACAGAGCCGCAAUCAGUUUAGAGACCAAUAAAGAGGAAAACAAGCGUGCACAAUUAGAUUAAAACCAUCAGUAAGCAUUAUGUAAAGUGUGUUUUUUAAUUUAGAGAAUUGAUUUUUCAGUCAAAGGUGAAACAGCAAAGUUAUGAUGGCUUACAGUGUGAUUUGGUGUGCCAAAAUGGCACUACAGUCUGGCUCCAAUGCAAGAUUUAACAUCCUUGAUGUCCUUUCCUUCUUUUAACGCUUCCUUGACAGGAUGUAGGAAGUUAAAACACUUAACCUUCCUCCCCCUCUUCUCCA